GGGGUCAAAGGGUAAACAGGGGGCGAGCAGUCAGGCCGGGCGGAAAGAAGUGCCCGUUUCCUCCGGUGGACGCGUUGCUGAACCGAGCCCUCCCCCCCCUACCGGGGUGGGUGGAUGGAGGUGACUCGGCUCUGACACCGCCCGGUAAUUGCGAUGGCAACCAACGAAGACCAGACGAUGGAGCUCGAAGCUCUGCGUUCCAUUUAUGAAGGAGAUGAAUGUUUUAAAGAACUUAGUCCAACGUCUUUUCAGUAUCGGAUAGGUAACCUUGGUGACCCUAAAGCCUUUCUGCUAGAAAUUUCAUGGCCUGAAAUGUAUCCAGAAAUGGCCCCACACGUAUCAUUGAAUGCCUUCUUCAAUAAUAGCAUUUCUACGUCAGUAAAGCAAAAUAUAGUAGCCAAAUUGCAGGAGCAGAUUGAAGCAAACCUUGGGACAGCCAUGAUGUACACACUGUUUGAAUGGGCUAAGGAGAAUCAAGAGCAACUCAUGGAAAACCACCGACCAGUAGUCAAUACAGUGACCACGUCAACGGAUGAAAAUUCUGUAACUACAAGUAUUCCUGUGGCUAAGAAAAAAGAGAAAAAAGAUCAAUUGUCAAAGUCCCAAAAGAAAAAGUUGGCUGAUAAAACAGAUAACCGAGGGGAACUGCCACGAGGAUGGAAUUGGGUGGAUGUCAUUAAGGUAUAGCAUUGACUUUUUGUUAAGAGUUUCAACAUUAUAGUGACUACACAUCUGAUUAUAGGAUGAGCAGGAAGCAAUCAACACAUUUCAUUGCACAAAAAAUUGUUAGAUAUGAUCAAAAAUAAAUGAAAUUUAUUGCAACUGCCAAACUUUAGAAUUGUUUAUCAAUUAUAAGCAUUUCAAUUACUGAUAUAUUUUUCUGUUUUCUUUCAAAUAUCUGUGAUGUCUGAUGGAUGACUUUGUUCCUGGGCACAUAGCAUGUAAGUCUUUAUUUGUUUUAAAAUAUGAUGCACCAGAAGUAAUUUAUCCUGUGCAGGCUGUUAGGCUCAACUGGGCUAACCUCAUAAAUAUUGCAGUUAUAAAAGCAGUUCAAGGGAUUGGUAUCCUAAAGUAUUGCUUCCUAACACCUAAAAGCCGCUCUACACUUUACCAAUAAUAAAUCAGAAGUCAGUUGAUAAAUGCUUCUCCAAAUAUACAAAGCCUAACUUCAUGUAUGACUAGGCAGUCUACUUAAUUAGCACCACAAACAUCCAUUCUGCCUGCCUCUUUUUAUACUGUGGUUGUAAGUGUACCAACUUUUUUUUAAAAAAAUUCCUUAUCAAGGCUGAUCUGACAGUAGCUUCCAGGCCCACAACAUCUAGAUAAGGGUAAGAGUAAGAAGGUGGUUGCGGGGGAGGGAGGAAGAAGUUCAAGGUGGCAGGUGAUGGGUGAAACCAGAGUGGGGUGAAGUAACCUACCGUUACCUCCCUCUGGUGCUCCUCCCCAUUUCCUUUCUUUCAAGGUCUUCUGUCCUCUCCUAUCAGAUUCCGUCUUCUCCAGCCUUUUAUCUCUUCUACCGAUCAACUUCCCAGCUCUUUUGUUCAUCCCUCCCCCUUUCCCAGUUUCAUGCAUCUCCUGCCACCUUGUACUACUUUGUCCCCUCCCCCACUUUCGUAUUCUGACUUCUUUUCCCUUUCUUUCCAGUCCUGAAGAGUCUGGACCCAAAAUGUUGACUGUUUAUUACACCCAUAGAUGCUGCCUGACCUGAUGAGUACCCCCAGCACACCAUGUGUUUAGCUCUGAUUGUUCACUCUGCACUUUCCAUUUUCCCCUUCUGUUAGCCUCUUGUGUGGCCUUUAUCCCAAUUUUCAUCUCUUAUUGCUGUACUUCCUUGUUAAGACUGAUACAGUCAUUUAACUUGGGGAAAUGCGAAAAAGUGCUCUGCAAAAGUAUUGAAAAUUUUCAGGGUUGGGGCAGUUUCUUUCUGCAAAAAUUCUGAAAAAAAUACAAUUAUCAAAUCUGGAGGUUUGCAUAGUUACACAGAACAGUGCAUUAAAUUUAGAAUUGUUCUCAAACCUUUCUGAUUUGUACUUGAGUUUCCUUUAAUCUUUUCUCAUUUCAUUGGUUUGCAGUUGAGCAAAACUGGCUGCAAGGAUGAUGAGUAACCCAAGUUUGUGGAUUGUGGAUUGGCGUGAUCUUAGUGUCAGAUUUCAUUUGCUGGAGCACAUUCAUUUCCUGUGUUUCUGUGGAACGUCUGUUUGGUAAAAUAACAGCACCUUUGGUAUAAAAUUGUCGUUCUUUUAACUCUUGCAAACUAGCUGCAUAUUGCAAAGAUGCUAUUAUGCACUAAACUUGUCAUCUCAAUCAAUCUAUUUACAAAGAUUAUUUUUUAAAAAAGCUGCUGACUUGACCACACAGUAACAGAUAAUUCUAGGACAAAUAUUUCUAUUGAAUAAUAUCUUGGUAAAAGUGGUUUUUAAUUAUUAUGCCCUGACUCAGCAUUUUUUUAAACACAUGGUAACAAUAUUGAGCUAUCUGCAAUCAUGCUGUUUCCCUGUUUUAAUGAAGACAGCAUCAUGUUAUGGAUUGUCCAUCCCAUCUUUGAUAUCCAUAAAUUCCAUAAGGGAAAUAACCCAGAAACAUUCAGGUUUUUGGAAAUAUUCAGGGUUUUAAUAAAGAUUUAAAUAUUUUAUUAAUGUAGACUCCUUUAUUAUAAGCAAGAAAUCUUGCUUGCAUCACAUAAAUGUGAUUACUGUAACAUCUACAUAGGUUUCAGCAUAUUAUUUGUCAAUAAAUAGUCCUACCCAUGACAUGGAUGGAAAAGUAUUAAAAUAGAUUGUCACUUAGAUGUUUGGCAGACCAUAAUGAACUAAAUCAUGGACAGGUGGGUUUCUGGCAGCCACUUAAAAUUGAAGUAGAACAAGGUUCAUUAUUGGAGGCACUUGGUAGAUAUAAAUUUUGUGAAUGGAUUUAGAAAAAAGAAUUUUACCCAAAGUGUAAAACUAUGUAAUUUGGCAGCAGAGUCAAAUGUUAACAACUGAUAUAUACUGUAGGUGUUCAUUAGUAUGUUUACAGCAUAGGUAUUAGCAGGUGCCGUUUAGUACAUGGAUUGUAAUUCUUCAGCAAAUAGUGAUAAUGAAGAAAUGUAUAAAGCUAGAUUUGGCAGAUUUUAGUGACCAUAUCAUAGCCAAAGUUAUGUAUAACUUGAGUCUAGAUAAGACAUUUUAAAACUCUGGUGCCUGGAUGAAACUAAAUACAUUCUGCAGAUGCUGGAAAUCUAGAGCAAUGCACAAAAUGCUGGAGGAACUCAGCAGAUCAGGCUGUAUCUAUGGAGGAGAAUAAGCAGCUGAUGUUUCAGGCCAAGGCCCCUCAUCAGGACACUAUUAUUGGGAAACUAAAUACAGUUUUGAUCUCCCUUUCAAACUUGAUGUUCAAUUAUAGAGGGAAAUAAAUCUGACCGACUCUUUCUCCUUAUCUCAAGUCUUAUUCUUUCUGGUAAACUAUACUGGCAUGUCUUCCUUCAAUAGCUUUCUUCAACUUUGUCAUCUCUCCAUCUGGCUUAUAUUUAAAUAUUAUUCCACAAAUGUUGUUUCAAUGUAGCCUUAAUUUCACAACAUGAAUCUAAGUUCAUACAUCAGGUAAUUGCAUCAAUGUGUAUCACUUACUGAAGCAUUGCUUUGUAUCCAACUAAAUAGUGGGAAGACUGGAAAUGUGAUCUUUGCCUCCACUGCAAACUUCAUUCUUAACCUUUUGACUCCACCACCUACUAUCUUUAGAAAAAUUACCUGAUGCUAGACCAGGUUGUUUGCAACUUAGGAAUCUUAUUUGACUGAGAGAUGAGUUUUAAAUUGCAUAUCCUUGCCCACUUUCAUCUUACUUAACUUGAAGCAUCAAUGAUUUAUCUCUGAGACUUGAUUACUCUUACUCACUGCUUCACUGAUCUCAGUACUGAUUACACUCAGAUAUCUGCACUGCCAAAAUUCUAGCCAGUUAAGUAUCUGUGAUUUCAUUCUUUGCAUUCUUGGCAGCCAUUGCCUUCAACAGCUUAACUCCUAACUUCCAGAAUUCCCCCCUUAAAUCUUCCUGAUUCUUUAAGGUUUUACUUUAGACUUUAAUCAAUCCUUUGAUAGUGUAAGCCGUCAAUCACAUUGAGGUUAGCAACCGGAUUUUGUUUUUUUUUUAACUCUCCCGUCAAAUCACCUGGGAUAAAACUGUAUAUACAUUAAAAAGGUACUAUAAAAGUGCAAAAUUUUAUUGAAGUUAGGUGGGGAGAAAUGGAAACAAAACAGGAGUAAAGCAGAUUUUAGAUAUUGAGAAGGAGAAUUAUAAAGAUUUUUAGCUGUGAAAUCCAUAAUUAAUUUGAUAAUUAUUCAUAUGUCACCUUUCAUGCGUUAAGAUUCAGGCUCAACGUGCAUUAUGUUGAUUAUAAAAAUAAACCAAUAUAGUCAUAAAAAUAAGAGGAAAAUUUAAAAUCAUAAGUAAGGGCAAGCAUUAUAUGGAAUAAAAUAUAAUAUAAUGUAACAGAUGAUAUAAAUAUUAUCAAUAUUAGCAUGUAUUAAGUAAUCCUGUAAGUAGGUCAAAUUUUUAAAAAAAUAGGCUUUUAGAAGAGUUUCAAAACGUUCCACAAUACUAACCUGGCAUAUCUCCGUCAGUGGAGUAUUCCAGUUCUUUGCUGCGUAAAAGCAAAAAGGCCGCAUGACCAGUUCUUGUAUGCUUGGCUCUAGGAAUGCUAAGCAAACCGUUAUUUGUGGAUCUAAGAUUAUGAUUAAAGAUGGAUUUCACUGCACUACUUGGAACUCAGCAUUUUUUCUCAAAUGAACCUAAUUUAUUUAGUUGCUUUUAAUGUGUUUCUAUCAUGUAGAACUGGGUUAAUUGAUCAUGACAAAUGCCUUUUUAAACAAUCAACAUCAGUUCUUCGUAUUACCAAUUAUCAAGACCCUUCAGACCUAACUAGAUUGAUUUGUUUUAAUGUGGCAAUGUACUGUGUUUCAUUGACUACACUUUUCAGUUCAUGUCCAUUUUGGAACUGUUGGACGGUUCAAAUAUUUGUGUAAUUUUAAGUGGCACAUACAGUAGAAUGUGAUAUUACAAAAGGGAGCAUAAAUGGAAUUUAAUUGCAUAUAUAUAAAUGUCCUUUUUUGAUGAAUUAUGAGCCAUACUUCAAUUGCAUCAUGAGCUACUGAUUUGUUUUAAAAAUAGCCACACAAAAUUUUUCUCCAUAGUUAAUAAAGAUGUUCUUAUGGUCCUCAA